AGACGCGCUUGCAGGCGGAUGCAACAAUUCGUCUUUUCGCCACAUUUUACCUGCAGCGAUCGGUUGGUGCGGUUCUCGAGAAACAGAAGAAGAAAGUGAACUUUUUAUCAACGUGGGUUGAGGUUAAAGGAUUCUUAUUUUCUACAGCAACGACAGUGAUCCACCAGUGUGUACAUAGUGACGAUUUGUUUUUGGAGCGAUCAUAAGCCACAAAAGUCCUUCGAAAUGGUGCUGGAUCUAAACUUCUCGCGUUACGAUAACACAACCCCGUUCGGUUUUAAGCUCGUCGGUGGAGCUGAUUUUGAUGUUCCCUUAACGGUUGUCAAAAUUCUACCCGGAAGCAUCGCCGAAGACGUUGGCAUGCACAUGGGCGAUGUGGUGGUGCGCAUCAAUGACAUACCGACGGGCAACAUGUCCUAUUACGAUGCCCACCAGCUGUUGGCUUGCGCCGGCAACCAGUUCGUGCUAGGCAUCUUAAGGGCACGUGAGGUUACGCCGUCCCAACGGCUCAUCAAGGAGAAAACACCUUCGGGCGAGGUGGAGUACAUCAACACCUCGCCGAAACCGUUCUGGACGCCGAAUGUCGGCAGCCCAUCGCCGUUGGCAGUUCACCACCCUGCCAAGGAGGAACCAAGGCAGCAGCAGCAGCAGCCCGACGAACAGAUUCCCGAGGUACCGAUCACCGACGAGCAGAUAGCCGAGAUCCUCUCGGGUGAAGCCGAAGUGCUUAAGCAACACAACGUGAUCGGCGUGAACUUUAACAAGAUGAUCCCGAAGGCGGGCGUGUUUAAGCAGAGCGAAGUCUUCAAAACGCUCAACAGCGAGCUGGUGCAGAGCGAAGAGGAGGACAAAAAGUGGACCACCUUCCUGCAGAAGCCGUCCCGACCGCCGCCGAAGACGCCCGAGGAGCGGAAGCUCGAGCGGAACCCGCCGACCGAGCGCUACCAGGUACGAAUUGUGAAGCAACCGAAACCGAAAAUUGCCCCCGACUACAAGCCACCCAAAUCACCGGAACCCGAGCCGGAACCGGAACCGAUACCAAUGUACGACGAGUACCUGAACGAACGCCAGGAGGUGGAGGUGGAAACGAUCAAGACGCUCGUGGAAGAGCCGGUCGUGCCGGGCGAACCGAUGGCAGGUGAAGGGGAGGCACAGCAGCCCGGGGCACCCAACCCGACCGAGGAGGAACCCUCGGAGGAGUUCCGCGAGCAGUUGCAGAAUGUGCAAAAGCAGCUGGAAGCGCUAUCGGCACUGCCGAACACGAUCCAGGCCACGAUAGCCGCCCUGACCGAGCAGCUCGCCGUGUUGGCCGCACCGAAACGGAAGUCCAAGAGUAUCUCACCCCGACCGGAAGAAGCGGAUCCGAGUGCGGGUGGUGAGGGCACCGAACAGUCGGCACCGGAGGCCAUCGUGCCCGAAGUGUCCGAGACGUUCGAGGUGACUGAGUUUAGCAGGGCGGACAGCAGCGGCAGCGGCGAUCAGUCCUCAUCGGUCGACGAAGGCGAACACAUCCACUACACAGAGGAGGAGCUUGAGCAGCUAGAGAAAAGGAUGAAGGAGCACGACAUUGAGUGGACCAAUCAGAACGAUAAGGAUUCCGAUAGCUCCAGCCAGCAUAAUGCCGGCGGUGACAUCCGCACCGCGGUGCAGGACGAGCUGAAGCUGCAGGUGGUCAAAAAGAAGAAGAAGGCAGUCAGCGCGUUCGGCCCGCUGACGCCGCAGGAGCGGCCCAUCUACCUGCCUGGCGGGCGCAAGUGGCGCACGGCGAAGGACGCAUUCAACGAGCAGUUCAUCGCGGAAGUGAUCAGCUCCCAGGCGGAACUGAUCCAGGGCACGACGCUCGGCAACUUCUACGAAAGCCCUCAUCUGGGUUACGACGACAGGGUAAACUUCCUCAAGUACCAGAAACCGGAGAAGGAUUUGAGCUUCAUCAAGAACAGCGACGUCUACAAGCUGGUACACGAUAUGGAUCCCCCCAAGAGUGGCAUCGAGCUGCGCCCGGAGAUGGUAGUGGCCGAAGAAGAUGUGCGAAAGUGUGCAUCACCCUGCUGAGGAAGCCUCCGAAGAAUAUCCGUUCCCUGCCGUUCCCUGCCGUUCCCUGGCGUUCCUUCUUAAAUCCUUCCCUCCCAGCCAAUAUGAUGUAUUAAUAAGCUUCCUAUCAGCAUCAUCGCAUAUGGUUAAUUAUCCUUUUCAAUCAUUACAUACACACCCCUUUCGUUUGUUUCAUUGGACCUAGCUACUGUAAAUUAGCUCCUAUCUUACGCUCCUCUUAGGACAGCAUCAAACGAUAAGAAGCUGAGUUGAAACAAACACAGAUCUAAAAGUUCAUUUUAAGCAAUAGGCUUUGUGCUUAGGACCAAAAACAUUGUUUUCAUUACAUCACAUGAUUGUAUAGAACACGUCAUUAUCAACUAUUACUCUAGAGACUGGUAUUUCUAUGUAAAUAAGUACAAUAAAAAUAAAUAAAAACACCAUUAACGUG